GUGUUCCAGAGAAGGUGCCAAUGUCCUAUUCCAGAAGAAUUGGUAGGACGGCCCUUUGUGCGUAGGGUUUCUCGUGCCAAGAAAUUUCCCAUCAUCUCAUCGUAACCCAAAACACAUAAAAAUUCAUUCAUCAACUUCAUAGCACAUGUUGUAGUUUAUGACUCAUUAUUAUUACCACAGAAAUGCUGUAACAUUCUCCAAUAUUUCAUUAUCAACGACGUGGUCUAUUUGCAUUGAUCCAAUAGCACGUGUUUUUUGGUUGCUUAAUUUCCUUGAAUCCUUAUCAUGUGCAAAAAAUACAAACGAUCCUCUCAUAAAUCCUCCCCUGAAGCUUUUCGUUUGUAAUUGCAUUGAAUUUCAAUCUAGCAUGUGCCAAGAUCUCUGUUCUAGGAUUUUAUUGUAAUUAUAAUUUAUUGAACGUGGUGUGUUGUCCAAUUGAACAACGAAUUGGCAAUUUUGGAGAGGGUGAAAAGAAAUAGCUUUUGCUUUGGUUCAUUGUGUAUGAACCCAGAAUUGUGGGUGGAAUUUGUGCCAAGAAGCCAAUGAUUGCAGUGAUCUACAAAUGAAUACAAUUGGAUUGGCAUUGUAGAAUGAAAAAUGAUGUUCGUCAUGAAGGCAAUGUAAACCUACAUGCUUUUUAGGAUAGGGCCUUGAUGUAAUAGAAGCACUUUGAAAUGGCAAUUCAACAAUAUAUGGGUAUCAUUACGGUUAUAUUUUGCAUCAUUUUGGCUUUUAAUAUUAUGGCAGUAGUCAGCAUUGAAGAGAAGAAAACUCAAGAAGAAUUCAUUGGCCAACUAUUUGAUCCAGCAUCUGGACUAUUGACUGAAGACACGGCAGAGGUACUAUGGAUCACUUGCAGGGAAGAUUUUAUUCUUUUAAAGAAAGAAGUUGGAGAUCUUGACUUAUGCCUCCCAAAGGAAUCAUACAGAAACACCAAUGAAAUUAGUUCAGCAAUUGGCUCAAUAGCUAGAGAAAACAUCAAAAAAUUGAUUAGUACAUGUUAUCCUCAGUUAAAGGAAAAUGUUCUUCACUGUUUGAGAAAAAACAAUUUUCCAUUCAAUGUUCUCCAGCAAGAGGGUGACUCCAAGAUUUGGCAUGCCACUUACAUGGGAUCACUUUCUUCUAGAAGAUAUUUGGGUCGAGUUUUUCCCCAGCACGUAUCAGAAAUAUCAAUCAAGGAAGAUGAAUCACCAAAAAGGAAUAAGCCUAAGGAUCAAGACUCCGAUAAAAAAGACAAAAAAAAGAAGUCCAAGUCUUCUGACUCUAAGGACGAAAACAAAAACACAUCUAUGGCUAUAAUUACAAUAGUGGCAAUUUUAGUUGCUGCAUUGUUCUUUUUAUGUUGUUGUCGUCGAUGUUGUGGGAGUGGUCGAGUUAGCCAAAAUGACGAGAGGCCCCUUCUUAGCAUGAGCAUAAAUGACUACUCAGUUGGUUCUUCUUCCAAUAACAAUCCAUAUAAAAACUCAAUAAAAGAGGAGAAAAUUGGGUUUCAAUCAUCAAGUAAUACAAUAUUGGUUGAUGACAAGAAUAACUCAAUGAAGCAAAUUCAAUUAGCAGGAGUUGCUGCUAGUGCUGCAACAAGACCACCAUUUGAGUUAAAUCCUCCUCCGGGGAGAGUAGCAAAUAAUGGAGUGCUUCCUUUGAAACCUCCUCCUGGAAGGCCUGAUCUUCUUCCUCCUGAUCCGUGUUCAAUUAAGCCUUCUGAUAGUUCCAUUGUUCCUUCUCCUCCACCUCCCCCACCUCCUCCACCUGGACCUCCUCCACCUCCUCCACCUCCUAGCGGUGGCCCUCGACCACCGCCUCCUCCUAGCAAUGGCCCUAGAGCUCCUCCACCACCACCACUUAGAGGCAAGCCUGGUCCUAGACCUCCACCACCUCCUAGAGUUGGUGGAGGUCCUCCAAGAGCACCACCCCCAUUUGGUUCAAAGGUUGCUAAGACUCAGGAAGAAGUUGGAGCUAAUUCUGAAGGUGAUCAAGCUAAUGCUACUAAUAAAGCUAAGCUAAAGCCUUUUUUCUGGGAUAAGGUUCAAGCUAACUCAGAUCAAACAAUGGUCUGGAAUCAACUCAAAGCAGGAUCAUUCCAGUUUAAUGAAGAAAUGAUGGAGACGCUUUUUUGCUAUAAUACUACGCCUGUGGACAAAAGCAAAGGGCAACAAAAGAAAGAGACUUCCUCCCCGGCAGCUUCACCUCAAUAUAUACAGAUCAUUGACUCAAAGAAAUCACAAAAUUUAUCUAUUCUAUUAAAAGCAUUGAAUGUGACAAUAGAAGAAGUCUGUGAUGCACUUCUUGAAGGAAAUGAGCUCCCCACAGAAUUCCUCCAAUCUUUACUGAAGAUGGCACCAACAUCAGAGGAAGAACUUAAGCUUAGACUUUUCAAUGGUAAUUUAGCCCAACUUGGUCCUGCGGAUAGGUUCCUAAAAGCCCUAGUUGACAUUCCAUUUGCUUUUAAACGAAUGGAAGCACUACUUUACAUGGGUACUCUUCAAGAAGAACUCACUAGUACUCGAGAAUCUUUUGCAAUUUUAGAGGUUGCCUGCAAAACGCUAAGAAGCAGUAGAUUGUUCCUCAAGCUUCUUGAAGCCGUUCUCAAAACCGGCAACCGUAUGAACGAUGGAACGUUCCGUGGUGGCGCACAAGCAUUCAAACUCGAUACACUUCUGAAACUAUCUGAUGUAAAAGGAGUAGAUGGCAAGACCACUCUCCUACACUUCGUUGUUCUAGAGAUAAUGCGAACCGAGGGCAUAAGAGCUGCACGAAUGGCAAAAGAGAGCCAUAGUUUCUCUAGCAUAAAAACAGAUGAUCUUCUUGAAGACAUUUCUUUUGAAUCAGAAGACCAAUACCGCGAACUUGGCCUUCAAGUGGUUUCACGUUUGAGCAGUGAACUCGAGAAUGUGAAGAAAGCAGCAGCGUUAGAUGCUGAUGCAUUGAUAGGAACAACCUCUAGACUAGGCCAUGGACUCAUAAAAACAAGAGAUUUUGUAAACAAAGACCUAAGUGACAUAGAUGAUGACAAAGGCUUUCAUGAGACAGUGAAGAGUUUUGUGGAGAAAGCUGAGGUUGAUGUCACGAGUUUGCUAGAAGAAGAGAAGCAAAUCAUGGCCCUAGUGAAGAACACUGGUGAUUACUUUCAUGGGGACUCAGGGAAGGAUGAAGGGUUGAGAUUGUUUAUGAUAGUACGUGAUUUCUUGGUAAUGUUGGAUAAGGAGUGCAAGGAGAUUAAGAAUGCACCAAAGAAGCCGGUAGUGAAAAAUGUGAAGAGAGAAGCUUCUAAUCAUUCUAGAAAGUCGUCUUCCUCAGAAAAUCAUCCUCUUCCUUCUGAUAUCCGUCAGAGAAUGUUUACAGCAGUAGUGGCAAAUACAAGGAUGGAUGACUUUAGUUCUGAUGAUGAGAGUCCUUAAAUAGGUUUAAGUUUUGAAAGUGGUACUUGUAAACUAUUGCUUUUCCUUUGGCCAUGUCCUUGUAUAGCAUUGUUAUAUUAGAGUCACAACUUGCUUGUACUUGUCUAAUUUUGAAGGGAAAAUUAUCUUAU